ACCAUUUCAUUCUAUCUAACUAUUUGCAUUCAUUUCUACUUUGUUACAUUUCCAGUGAGUAAAAGUGAAAAAAAGUGCAAGAGUAGAUGAUGUAAUGUAUUGUGCUAUGUUUCAGGAAGUUAACAAAAGAACAUGUUUCCACUAGAAGUGGGCAGUCGUUUCGGGGCUGGGGGUGUGGGGGGUGGGAUGUAGCAUCCUCGGGGCUCAGAGGGUUGUGUCAGAGUGGGCAGGUCAUAUGAGCAGCAACACGAGCCACCCCAAGCCGAAGAGAGAACAGCCAUGGAGCAGACUGAGAGCCCUCAGCAAUACCACGACUAUGAAGAGAUGGAGAACUACACCAUGUGCGACAUCUCCGAGUGGACGGCAUGCCCAUCGCUCAUUCCGGUGCUCCUCAUGUUCAUCUUCAUCUUGGGCCUAACCGGCAACAGUGUGGUCCUUUACACCGUGACGCAGGUGCAGGGGAAGCGGCGGGUGGCCCACAUCUAUAUCGGCAACUUGGCUCUGGCCGACUUGGUCUUCACGGUCACGCUGCCCCUUUGGGCGGUGUACACAGCCAUGGAUGAUCACUGGCCCUUUGGGGUGGCCCUGUGCAAGAUCAUCAGCUAUAUGGAUCUCCUCUCUAUGUACGCCAGCAUCUUCCUCCUCACCAGCAUGAGCUUCGAUCGUUACCAGGCCAUCGUGCAUUCACUGCCCAGCAACCAUUUGUGCGCCGGCAGCCACAUUGGCGCCUCCCUUUUUUCCGUCUGGACGCUGUCGGGCCUCCUGUCUGUCCCUGCCCUCGUGUUCCGCAACACCCAGCAAGACCCGAUGACCAACAGAACUUUCUGCGCCAUGGACUACAGCCUGGUCGUGAGCAACAGGCAUCAGGAGAGCCAGUGGUUCGCCGGGUUGAGCUUGUCGCUGUCCACUCUGGGGUUUUUACUCCCCUUACUGGCCAUGAUUGUGUGCUACGGGUUGAUUGGCUGUACCGUGAUGCGCCACUUCCACAUGUGGCGCAAGGAGGACCAACGCAAGUGGCGGCUCUUGAAGAUCAUCAUCACGGUGGUUGUGAUCUUCGCCGCCUGCUGGCUCCCCUACCAUGUGGUGAGAAGCACGGACGCCCUGUCCGAACUGGACUUGUUCCCGACCUCCUGUGCUUUCCAGCGUUUCCUGUUGCUGGCCUACCCGUACACCGCCUGCCUGGCCUACAUCAACAGCUGUCUCAACCCCUUCCUCUAUGCCUUCUUUGACCUGCAUUUCAGGUCGCACUGCCUGGGCCUUCUUCACCUCAAGAAGUCCCACCAGACACCGACGGAGGUGUAGCACGCCCGGAGGACUCAAUAAACACUCGGUGCUUACUUUUCAAAGGACCAAAUGUGAAGUAGAGUUUGUGUAAUGCAGGACAUGUGUUUUUUUUCCCAUUCUUGUUCUCUGGUCUUGGCUUGGUAUAAUAUAUCUUUUUUUAAUCCAAUAAUAUCCAUGAUGUCAUCAUUAAAAGUGGCAAAUUUGCAA